GUUUGUUUUGGUUUGACCUAUGGUUUUGCUCGAUCUCUGCUUCUUUCACGCUUAAAUGUUGUAGAAACCCACUAAUUGUACAUUCAUUUUCAGACAAGAGAUGAUAGGUUUCUAAUCUUGAAGUUCAGAAGAGAGUUAGAGAGUUUUUGUGUCUGAGUUUUGGUGUCUGCUUUGGAAAAUGGGGGAAGUAAGGAGGCAUUCUCUAGAUGUUCCCAUCACAAGAACUCUUGUAGCUCUUAGAAGAGUUCGGUCACUAAGAGAUCCAUGUACCAACUCAAUGUCCAAGUUUGCUUCUUUGCUAGAAAACGUCAAAUGGGAAACUGAAUCCAACAAUGGGAUCUCACUUCAGUUUGUGAACGAUGAUGCUUGCAAGGCUGAUCAGGGUUUGGUUCCUUAUGAAUCAUACUCUAUAAUGGAGGAGCUAGAGAACGGUUGUGAUCUUCACAAGUUAAGCAAAAGGGUGCUUAAUGUUGAAGGAGACGCAUCGCCUUCUAGUGAAAGAUCUUGUGGUGGUAAAGGUAGGGAGUUGGCAUGUAAUGUUCCAACACACUACUCCACAAAGCUAGCUAGCUCGGUUGGUGAAUAUGGUAGCCAUGUAGGUAGUCCAAUGACCUCAACAAACCAUAGUUAUGGAGAUGAAGAAGACGUUGAUUUUAACCGUGGCUGUGGAAUAGCCUCUUGCUGGUCAAGAACACCAAGGUACAGAGGAUCAAACCAAUCCUCUGAUGUAGAAGAGUAUCCUCUACUCUCUAGCAAUGGUGAGAGUAACGCUGUGACUCCUCGGAGUCACAACGAAACUGUAUCAAGAAGUCUAAGUCAGAAGUUCAGACCAAAGUCUUUUGAUGAGUUAGUUGGACAAGAAGUUGUAGUGAAAUGUCUCUUGAGCACCAUUUUGAGAGGAAGGAUCACUUCUGUUUACCUCUUCCAUGGUCCUCGUGGGACUGGUAAAACUUCAACCUCUAAGAUCUUCGCUACCGCUUUAAACUGCCUCUCACAUGCAGCACAUAGUAGACCAUGUGGCUCGUGUAGUGAAUGCAGUUUGGGAAGAAGAAGCAUGGACGUGAAGGAGAUGGAUUCAGCUAAACUAAAUAGACCUAGCUACCUAAGGUCUUUCAUCAAAAGCGCUUCUCUUCCUCCGGUUUCAUCUAGAUUCAAGGUUUUCAUCAUCGAUGAGUGUCAGUUACUAAGUCAAGAGACUUGGGGUAGUCUCUUGAACAGUUUGGAUAGUUUUUCUCAGCAUUCGGUUUUUAUUUUGGUUACAUCAGAGUUAGAGAAGCUGCCACGUAACGUCCUCUCACGGUCUCAAAAGUAUCAUUUCUCUAAAGUGUGUGAUGAGGAUAUAUCUAUUAAGCUGGGGAAGAUUUGUAUGGAAGAAGGUAUUGAUUUUGAUCAGGGUGCGGUUGAUUUCAUUGCUUCUAAGUCUGAUGGUUCGCUUAGGGAUGCUGAGAUAAUGCUUGAUCAGCUAAGUUUGCUUGGUAAAAGAAUAACCACAUCUUUGGCCUACAAGCUUAUUGGGGUUGUUUCUGAUGAUGAGUUGCUUGAUCUGCUUGAUCUUGCACUGUCUUCUGAUACUUCAAACACGGUGAUAAGGGCGAGGGAGCUUAUGAGAUCCAAAAUAGAUCCAAUGCAGCUUAUUUCACAGCUAGCUAAUGUCAUUAUGGACAUCAUUGCUGGAAAGUCUCAAGAGAAUAGUUCAGCAACCAGACUUCGGUUUCUUACAAGACAUACAUCUGAAGAAGAAAUGCAGAAGUUGAGUAAUGCAUUGAAGAUACUAUCUGAUGCUGAGAAACAUUUGAGAGCAUCUAAAAACCAGACAACCUGGCUCACUGUUGCACUGCUGCAACUUAGCAACACUGACUCAUCUUCUUACGCAGCAAAUGAGAGUGGAAUGUGUUUAAGAAGCCAAAGAAGCAAAGAUGGUGACCUCUCCAGCACAUCAUCAGAGUGUCCUGGUGAUGUGGUUAAACAAACAGAGGAGUGUCAAGAUGUAAACUGUAAUGAAACAGUUGAAACUGUUUGGAAAACAGUCACAGAGUUGUGUGGUUCGGAUUCACUAAAGAGAUUCUUGUGGAAACGAGGGAGGUUAACCUCACUUACUAUUGACAAAGGUUCAAGUGUGGCAAUAGCAGAACUAGAAUUCUACACACCACAACAUGUAACAAGAGCCGAGAAAUCAUGGAAAAUGAUUGCAGACUCAUUCCAAUCCGUGUUAGGAUGCAAUGUUGAGAUUCGGAUGAACCUUGUGAUCUCUGAGUGUUCUCCACCAAAGAGUGCUAAAGCAGCAGCAGCAAAUCUUUUCUCUGGUCUUUUCAGCUGCUCUCGUAGAAUGCUCCACAGGUCUUAUCUGACUACUAUAAACGACUCUGAUCACUCACCUGAAGUUACAAAUUCUCUGAGAAGUCGCCAAGGCAAUGUCUUGAGAGCUCGAAGUGUUCGUUCUUCAGCAAAUGCGUCGUCGCGGAUGAGCAGUGCAAGUGAUCAAGGUGAUGCAUAUUCUGUUAUGUGUACUCCACAUAUGCCUCAGGGUGACAAAAGGCCAGAAGAUGACACUGAUGUCUUGUGCUGGAGGAGGACCCCUCUAGGCAAGGGUCAGGGAGAGACACAGAACAACAAGAGCUCAAGGCUUAUUGGCAGAGUUCUUCCCUGCAGCACUGCAGCUGGUUAAGUGAGCUAGAUGAUGAUGACACUCCCAUUGUGUGGAACCAUUAGGUUUAUUAGCAAAACUCCAUGAAGACCUUGCAUGAUGUGUUUCAAGACCAUAUAUUAGAUUAGCAUAUACUAAAUCAAUUAUUAAAGGACAUGAAUCAUUUUACCGUCUAAUUUGAACCCGUUUAUUCC